UAGAGAUUGAAUGCAAAUUGUAUAAGCAAGCAAGCAUUCUCAGUUUCUCACUCACUCCACAUAACUUAGAUCUGAGUUUUCUGAUCAAAUUGACUUGUUCAACUUAGAUAUCAAGAAUCUGUGUCUUCCCCAGUUGCUGUAAGCAAUGUUUUCAUCAGUACCAGAACGUGUGCAGCUGCACAUAGCCAUGAUCAUUUUUCAAAUUGGUUAUGCUGGGAAUCACAUCAUUCUCCGAAUUGCACUCAAUGUUGGCAUUAGCAAACUUGUUUUUCUUAUUUAUAGAAUCACUAUUGGAUUGCUUCUUCUCUCCCCAUUUGCUUAUUUUCUUGAAAAGAAAGAUAGGCCAGCGCUAAAUGCAUCAUAUGUUCUGCAAUUUUUCGUUCUUGGGCUUGUUGGAGUUGUAUUAAACAAUGGAUCCUACUUUAUUGGUUUAGAGAACACAUCCCCAGUGUUUGCAUCUACUAUUGAAAAUUCUGUCCCUGCUAUUACUUUUGCUUUGGCUGCAAUUUUCAGGAUCGAAGAAGUGAAUUUGAGAAGAAAAGAUGGUUUUGCUAUGGUGUUUGGAACUUUCGCUUGUGUUGCUGGGGCUUUGAUCAUAACCCUUUACCGGGGACCAAUCAUAUAUAGCCCAGAUUCGGGUUCUCACCAAUUAGAGUCGAUGAGUUUUCAGGAAGAUACUGAGGGAAAGAAUUGGGCAUUAGGUUGUGUAUCUCUUGUAAUUCAUUGCGUAUGUUGGGCUAGUUGGAUUGUCUUACAAGCUCCUGUGGUGAAGAAUUAUCCAGCUCGGCUGUCCAUUGCUUGCUAUACUUUCUUGUUUGCUAUUAUGCAGUUUUUAGCGAUUGCAGCAUUUACUGAAAGAAACAUCGAGGCCUGGAAAAUUCACUCCCAAAGCGAGCUCUUGUGUGUUAUUUAUGCAGGAGUAGUUGCUUCAGGGCUUGCCUUUGCAAUACAAAUAUGGGUUGUUGAAAGGGGAGGUCCUAUGCUUGUUGCAGCAUAUCUGCCUCUUCAGACUCUGGUUGCGGCAGUCAUGGCUUCUGUCUUCCUAAGCGAGGCAUUCUCUCUGGGAAGCAUCAUUGGAGCCGUAUUAAUCAUACUAGGUCUCUAUCUGGUUGUAUGGGGCAAGAACGAGGAGAACAAGAUAAAGUCAGAAAUAGAGCCAUUAAGAUCAAUGUUGGAGAAGAAUUGUUUACCAGGUCAUGAGAAAUCUCUCCUCGUUGAACCACUUAUGGUCAGUUCUAACAACUUCUAGCAUGUAAAGUGAUACAUAUAUACAAUUUCCCAGAGGCUAGAGCUGUGUCUGUUGACAAAUUUUGUUAGGUCAUGGCCUCAGUACACUUAUUUAAGUUCUGAGUUGAAACUUGUAAGCAUGGAAACUAAUAAGAAAUUGCAAUAUUAAUACACAGAGACAGAGAAAUAGAUUUUCUGAUCAUUAUAACCCGUA